UGCGUUUGGAUGCCCGGUCAGUUUCCGACGCCAUAUUGUCCUGGUGUGUUUAUAUUCGUUUGUUUAGUACGUUUUUUCAACUGCCGGGCGUUGAUCAUUUAUCGUGUUUCGUGCGUGAAUCGUUGCAAUCGAAGGCACAGUCGGUCUCUGUGAUAUUCGUGCCGCGAAUCGCGUUUUCAAACCCGUGAAGUGUGACAGUGUUUAUUCGCCUGCUGUGAAUUCGAAUCAUUGGAAUCCUAUCAACCCCUGAGAUUUAAAUCGGCGUUCGAAAAUUACUGGACCCAGGAAAAUGCCCGUCCGCAAGCAAGGUGGUGAGUGCCAGUAUCUUCUGGAAGGGAUGGAAAAAAGUAUAUGGGAGACAUACAUUGUGCAACCCAAAAGCCGCAACUGCAAUGCAGAAGCUCAUCGAGCACUGGAGUUGCUAGAAGAUUACCACGCUAAAUUAACUAGGCCUCAGGAUAAACAACUCCGAUUAGCGAUCGAACGUGUCAUCAGAAUCUUCAAGAGCCGACUCUUCCAGGCGUUAUUAGCUCCUACAAUUUAAUGUUGUACAAUGGCUAAUCUAGUUAAAUAAGUAAAGAAGUUUUUGUUAUCUAACUCAUACAAGUUUAUGAAGGUACAUUGAAAUGAGUAAAAUAUUAAUCGACGUUAUCAGAUUUUGUUAUUAAUGAUCUUUUGCACUAGUGGGGGGACGGACCCACGUAUCAGAAUCACGAUGCGCUCUGUAAUACCGCAUGGCCAUACUUCAAGGUUAAGAAGAU